CUGAGUGGCAGGAUGGGAGAGACGAGCAAGAGGAGAAAAAGGGGGGAGUGCUAGCCCUCCAGCUAUCAGUACCAGUAGGAGGAGAAGAGAGAGUUUAAAGGGGAGGGGGGAGGAAAAACAUGAGAGAGAAGGAGGUAGAGCUGACACAGGCUGCCUGCUGGAUUUGAAGAGGAAGGAAGGGAGAGAGGAGAUCCUGGAGGAGCGCUUAGAAAGGAGGGUGGAUGUUUGCAGUCUGAGAAGGCCGCAGCAACUCUGUGACUGUAGUGUCACUGUGAGGACACUGGGAAGAUGUCAUGGCGUCCGACCUACCGAAGCUCCAAGUUUCGAAAUGUCUACGGAAAAGUAGGGAACCGGGAGCACUGCUACGACGGUAUCCCCAUCACCAAGAACGUCCAUGACAACCACUUCUGUGCCGUCAACUCCAAGUUUCUGGCGGUCGUCACAGAGAGUGCCGGUGGGGGCUCUUUCAUUGUUAUACCUGUGUCCCAGUCUGGCCGACUCGACUCUCAUCACCCAAAAGUGUGCGGCCACCAAGGCAAUGUGCUCGAUAUCAAGUGGAAUCCCUUCUUUGAAAACAUCAUAGCAUCCUGCUCUGAGGACACCUCGGUGCGAGUAUGGGAGAUCCCAGAGGGCGGUCUGAGGCGCAACAUGACGGAGGCAGUGCUGGAGCUGUAUGGUCACAGCAGACGGGUGGGUGUGAUCGAGUGGCACCCCACCAGCAGCGGCAUCCUCUUCAGUGCUGGCUACGACUACAAGAUCCUGAUCUGGAACCUGGAGAUCGGAGAGCCGGUGAAAAUGAUCGACUGCCACACUGACGUCAUCCUCAACAUGUCCUUCAACACAGACGGCAGCCUGCUGGCCACCAGCUGCAAAGACAAGAAGCUGCGUGUCAUUGAGCCGCGCUCCGGGGCCGUCCUUCAGCAAGCCAGUUGUAAGAACCACCGUGUAAACCGAGUGGUGUUCCUGGGUAACAUGAAGCGACUGCUCACCACAGGGGUUUCACGCUGGAACACCCGGCAGAUUGCUCUCUGGGAUCAGGAGGAUUUGUCCAUGCCAAUUGUGGAGGAGGACAUAGACGGCCUCUCAGGACUGUUGUUUCCCUUCUACGAUGCUGACACACACAUGUUGUACCUGGCAGGCAAGGGGGACGGCAACAUUCGUUACUUUGAGAUUACCACAGAGAAGCCGUACUUACAAUACCUAAUGGAGUUCCGGUCCCCAGCCCCACAGAAAGGACUCGGAGUGAUGCCAAAGCACGGGCUUGAUGUGGGAGCUUGUGAGGUCUUCCGCUUCUACAAGCUCGUCACCCUGAAGGGUUUGAUUGAGCCCAUUUCCAUGAUUGUGCCAAGAAGGUCAGACACAUACCAGGAGGACAUCUACCCCAUGACGGCAGGAACAGAACCUGCGCUGUCUGCAAGCGAAUGGCUGGGCGGGAUUAACAGAGACCCAGUCUUGAUGUCCCUGAAGGACGGAUACAACCGACCAAACCAGUUAGUGUUCAAGGCUCCGGUGAAGGAAAAGAAGAGUGUGGUGGUGAAUGGGAUCGACCUGCUGGAGAACGUACCGCCCAGGACAGAGAACGAGCUCCUGCGGAUGUUCUUCCGGCAGCAGGAGGAAUUGCGGCGGUUGAAGGAAGAGCUGAACACCAAGGACGUGCGAAUACGCCAGCUGGAGCUGGAGCUCAACAACCUGAAGAACGUUAGCCCCAACAACGUCUGACCUCUCAGCCUCCGGGACUGGCAAAGCUGCUCCCUUUGCCUCCAACUCUGACCUCCAACAAGCUUCUGAGCCCUCCUACGCCUCUUUUUUGAUAUAUCAUAACUUCAUUCCCGCUGCCCUGCAUAGCGCACACAAUAAUAUGAUAAGUGUUGGAUAAUGUCUUAACUGGUGCAAUUACUGGAAUAUUGUAAUAAUGACAAGUAAUGGAGGCACGGCAGUGUUCAUGGAUUAGCACCUUAACAUGAAAUCGUUGACAGGGAAGGUUUGCGAUACAAUCCAUUUCGGUAUUAUCUGUUUUUACAACUUAAUGUUCCUGAUCUAGCACACUCUUAAGUGUUAUGGUCAGAUAUUGCAUAUUUUCUGCCAGACCUCCUGGGUGUUUGUCUCACUGUGCCUACCCAAUAAUUCACGUAAUGCAAUACCUUCAUCACCACGCAAACAAGCCCCUACAUCCUCCUGUAAUGACCAAACCACCAUCUAGUUCUAGUUUUCUGCUCGGGCAAAACUGGAGGAAUAAAAAGACUGUCACUGGCUCCUUUUUCUCUUCCCCAAGGCCUUACACCCUGCUGCAGACACAGUUUGCAGAGAGCUGCAACAUCAUCUCAAAAUGGCUGACAAGUGAAGUACUUCUGCACCUGACAGACGAGACGAGCUUUUACAGACGUGGAUCAUGUUUUUCACUGAGCUGCUUAUCCCGUAUCCUCUUUUUUCAUGUUCAGAUGAUGCUGGCUAUAAAUUUUACUUCACAGUACUGACAUAUAGCUACUCAAAUGCAGUUUUUCUUCCUAAGGAGAGUUCGCUCACUUUUUAAUCUUUAUUUAAAACAUGGGAAAGCAGCAGGGGAAACAUGGAUCCAGAGGUGGUGGACUUGCGAACAUAGUCUCAAGGGAAGCUUUGCUGGCUGUUCUUGGAUUUUAGGGCUAAUUUUGAGGAUGAGGGUUAAUGUAUAUUUGCUUCUAUUUAUUUGUCACAUUUACCUUUUUAGCUGAUAACAUGUAUAUUUGUUAAUCCAAUUGUUUUUGUGCGAUGUGGCUGCGCAGGUAACGAUUGUGAAGCUUGAUAGAAUUUUGCUGAAUGUUUCCGGUUGAUCUGGCGCAAGAUUUUGUGUGAAACUGUACCAUAUAUGGUAUUAGACCCUAACAGCAUAACUAAGGUAUAAACAUGUAAUCUUGCCUUUUCCUAACAGUGCAGAAAACUGUAAUAAUAACCAUCAUUUUACAUUUAAACUAAGUAUAUCACUAUUAGUGAAAUGUGUUUACUAGUAGAUGUGUGAUUUUUGCUCUAGAGACUCCGGGUCAUGUGCCUCUCCUUCUCCACCUGUACCAUCAACUGACAUAUGUUGGCUAAACUGCAGUUUAAAUGCCUCUUUUUCCUUCAGUUUGAACUCCACAAGUGGGCACUGGAUUAAUAUUUGAUUUGCUAUAUGAUACCAGCCACGUUCAAGCAGUUACCACAAAGAUUCUGCUAAAUAUGUGUCUUUUGAUUCAGGCCCAGUCACAUUCAGUGUUGUCUCAUCAUUGCUUCUUUUCCUGAGGGACUGAGAAAAGGAAAAAGAUGAAUCUGCUGCAUGCUUAGCACGAAUGGAUUUGUACCCCAGGUCAGUAAAAGUACAUGAAGGUCACCUCUUCCCAGAUCACAUCAUAGUGAGGACAUAAAGGGUCCAAAGCUUUAUAGCUUCAGUUAAAACAAUCAGAAAACACACGUAGAAAUCCUUUAAAUUUAGACUUGAAGCACUUAGAUAUUAAUGGUAACUGCAUGUGUUUCCUGCAGGACAAAUAAAAAGGCUACAGUGAAAGUAGAAAGAGAGGAGUGGACCUAACAGAGAUGGAUCAGCUACAGAGGACAGACAGGUGAAGUUUUGUGUUGUCAGGGUUUCUUAUGUAGGUGUACUGAGGACUAAAUAAUCAAUUAUGGGAAAAUGUCGGUAUUUUCCAACCUGGAUCCUGUUUUCCCAACUUUUUUUUUGGUGUUUUACUUCAUCCAGUCUAGUUGUUUUUCCGUUUAACCAAGUCUAUCUCAACAAGAAGUCUUCUUAUGACGUCUAGAGGAAGACAAUAAACAGACAGGAUAGGCCUUUCUCACAGCAGACGUUUUGACUUGUCAUAGUAGGAAACGUGCAGGUGUAACUAGUAACUCUAACGAUGACUUUGUUAUAUUCAGGUGCUCCAUUGAGACUGAAAGUGAGGCAGCGUGCACAAUACAAGGAUCCUUAAAUCAAAGCAGGUAAAUGGAAUUUAUUAUUUACACCUGAGUUACCCUCUGUGGAAAAGGCCUAUCAUGUGAAAGGUAAAGAGAAACAUUUUAAUUCUUUGUCAGACACUUAAAAUAACAGUCUGAGCCUGUCAGUGGCAAAAACAAGCACUUUUAGUGGAAGUACAUGGACAAUGCACUAUUGCCUGUUUAGCAGCUGCUGGCUGCAGCAGUCUCACUCAAUACUGGAUUAAUUAAAAAAAAUGUUGUUCCUGUUAAACUUUGCAUACACUGUGCAAUUUUGGGCUGUCCCAGACAAAAGACGACCCAGAGACACAAAGAUGUGAGGAAAUAGGGUCCAGGCUGAAAAAUACCAAUGUUUCCCUUUAACUGUAAAUCUUUAGGAAGGAUAACAGAACAGAAAGGCUUUUAUGCUUUUGAAAUGACUGAUCCCCUUUUUGUACAAAUGUUUAAUGGAGUUUUGGUGUAAACAAACCCGUGUUAGCGCCGCUUUAACUUGCUAAGUUUGGUGUUUGGUAGUACUGUAAGGCCUAGUCCACACAAAUAUGAGUUUAUUUGAAUAAAUAGCUUUUUUUAAAAUGCAUUUUGGCCUUUCAUCCACACACAAACACCAUUGUAGGUGACUGUAAAUGGACCUGUUGUAAAACUCCAUCCAGGG